AUGAUACUAAUGAUCUCGGCAAAUGCAACCUGCUUCUGCAUCCUGUUCUUCGGGUUUAACUGCGCCGAUGGAUUAGGCCUUGUGAACCCGAAAACACUGCUGGUGUUUUCCGCCACAGGAGCUGUUCUGUACUCCAUAGUCCUUGCCAAUUCCCUCAUCAUUUGCAAUCUUGCAUUAAUAGUCUCAGGGAUGGAAAAUUCCAGCGGAUACACUGCGAUUCUCAAGGCUUGCGUCCUGAUUCGAGGAAGAACAGCAACAACAUUAUCCUUGGCUCUGCAUGUUAACCUUGCACUGGCUGCAAUUGAGGCCUUAUUUCAAUACCGAAUUGUAAGAGCACUUCAUCUGUCAGAAUCUCCCUUUUCUUCCAUUGUUUUUGAAGGGAUAUUCAUAGCCAACUUAUAUGCAAUUCUCCUCAUCUUAGAUACCAUUAUCGGUUGCAUCUUCUACAGAAGCUGCAAAUCAACAACUUCUUCGAUAGAGUUCGAAGCAGAACAGAUAUAUCAGAUCGAGUUUGAAGGUAAAGAUGCUAAUGUCAUUUCUAAAUGGAAAACAUUGGAAACACUUCCUUAG